AUGGCUGAGAGCGCUGCCGACGACCUUGCGGCCUUGCAAGCUGGGUCAGAGUCUGAAGCGAUGGAGCAGGACCCCGAGACUACAGACGGCGAGAGCAGUGACUUCACAGGAGCUGGUGUGCAGAAGUGCAUUGGUUGUGGUGUGAAAAGUAAGAGUAAUUGCCCCAUCUCCGAGAUGCGGGGCAAUCCCAAGAGGGUGGCUUGGGCGAGGAUGCGCAAGAAACUCCUGAUGAACAAGAAGACUCGGACAUCUCGCAAAAGGAAAGUGGCGAGUGGCUCGUGGUGCCGUAACUGUUUCAACGUCUGGCGCACGCACAUGAAGGUUGACAUGCCAAAUUUGGAGAACUUCGAGAACAUCUGCAAGAGGGAUGGGAAGAUCAAAACCAAGUGGGUUAAGACGCAGAAGAACUACAUCAAUCUCAAAGGGGGCGGCGCGACAAGAGUCCGCGCCCCAGGGAAAACCAUCCGCAAGACGAGAAAAUGCUUUUCAGAGUUGGUUGCCCCUGACGUCAAAUUCUAUACAGAGGCAGCAUGCCGCAAGAAAUACGGCGACCCCAAGACCAGCAAGGCAAAACCGUGGACUUCCAGAGACUACUCUGGGAAGGAGAUCCACGGCUACGUGGUCAAGGAGGGCGAGGAGGGCGUCUACGAUCUGAGGUUGGUUGGCCAGGAGGGGAUCGCCAUGGACGAGCAGACGCUCAACGCCGAGGACAACCUGCAUGAGCAGCACGGGGACGACGUCAUGGUGCAGGCCCAGGUUAGUUUCGAGGGAAAGCUCCCUGACAACGCUUCCUCUGUGGUGUCGGCGGCGAGCUCAGGCCACGCAUCAUUCGAGGCGAUGUCUGCCGGGCAGCUGCUCGAGAACAAGCGUCUAGCUGAGCUGAAGCGCCAGGCUAACAAGAUCACCGCGCCCGAGGAGCCCCCCAGCGACUCCGACAACGAGAAGGACUCCGACGGCGAUGACGACGCCGACAGCUCCAGCAAGACGAACGACUCGGAAAACUCUGACGACGAGCCUGAGGAUGCUGCUGCCCAGAAGAAGUACAAGAGGGGGAAAGCUGGCAUUACCACUCCGGUGAGGGAUCGGAACGCGAAGAGAUCAAGGACUGGCUGCGUGACUGGCUUCACUGGCACUCUUGGGAGCAUCUCGGGCGCCUCCGCCUCAGGAGCAUCAGGCAGGAAGGAGGCCAGGAAGGACUCGCAGCAGACCAGGGCGCAGAAGCCCGACGAACUGGAACUCGACGCUGACGGGAAGGCCCAUGCCCAAGACCUGAAGAAUAAGCUGGAGUCGGCCGUUGAGGAGUUCACAGAGUCCAAGUGGUCGCAGUUCGCUCCGAGGCAGCUCAGCCAACACCUCAAGGAGGUCAUGGUUCAUCAGCAGGCCGCGGCAAAGUGGCUGAAGGCAGCUGCAAGAAAGACGUUGCCAAGCGACCUCGCUAGCAUGCCGAUCACGUCAGAUACCCUCCAGAGCAUCAUCACAUUCAAGAAGGGCUGGUCGAAGUUUGCCAACCUUGAUUCCUCCGCCGCCUUGGAGCAGUGGAAGCAGCUAGGAUCGAAGCUACCGAACCAGGUUGUGCCAAGCUACAUCACGAAGGUCAUGAUCACCAAGUCUUUGGCAGAGGUGGAGCACGAGAACAUCAGCAACCAGCUCCGCAUCUUCGACAACAGCACCGAGGGCGCCGAUGCCAUCGGCGUGCACAUGCUACCUGACGAGGAGCAAGCUGGGGCGAUACAGCACUUCGCCCUGAAGGCAAUCGUGUGGACCGUGAGGAAAGAGCUGGAGUGGUGGGCUGGGUCCCAAGGCCCGGUUUUUGGGGGUGCCUGGGUCCCGGGUUGUGGGCUGGGCUUCAUGAUAUUGCCUUCGGGGUGGGGCUGCUUCAUUGCCCCGAAGAUCUUGGGGAACAACUUGGACAAGGUCGGCACGGCUCGCAAGAACAUCAAUGCGGAUGCGGCUACAAACGUGUUCAAGGACAUCGUUGAUGUGGUCGCUCACGCGUCGCCGACGAGCAAGUUGCCGAAGACACUCAUCGACGAUAUGGCGGCCAUCAAACUAGGCUUCAACUUGUCCCCGGAGACGGCGUCCAGUGCGGUGGUGGACGCCGUCCACCGCCUGACCCAGAAGAAGGAGCAGUCUGCCUAUCUCAGCUUGGUCAAAAGGAAAAAGGUCGAGGCAUUCGAGUCAGCGCUGAGGUCAUUAACCACCAACCUCAAGACAGCCAAGGAUCUCGAGGGCAAGCAGCAAGCGCAGAAAGAGUUCAUGAAAUCGUUGGAGGGGUUCGAGCAGAGGUUGCCCACAGCCAGCCAGGACGAAAUUCUCAGUGCCCUCAGCAAGAUGAAGGCGCUGACCUCUACCUUCACCACCAUGUGCAACAACGCGGAUCUGCAAAUCGACCUGGAGAGCAUGCAGUUCAAGACCGUCAUGGCGAGGGUGUUCGACAAGCUGGCAGGGAGCAUUCUGGCCCAGGUGAUGGGUCCGGGUAGCGACGACCUGAACAACCUCUCGCAGAAGAGUGCCGAGUGGGUAUGCGAGGCAGCCCAGAAGCUCUGCGAUCAGGCCUCCCUGGUGAACGAUGCGGUGCUACUUUUGGAGCAGCACGCUGGGAUGAUCCUACCAUGCAGGGAGGUGUUGCGGCUGACGACGCUGUUGAAGUUGCCCCAGUUCAUCAAGAUUGUCAAUACCGACUUCCUUGCAGAGGAAUCUUCCAGGAAUGCCGUUGUCACUUCUGCCUGCUCCAAGCUCACCACCGCCCAGUUGCCCCAGCUCGUUGACAUCAUGGUCAGGAUAGGGGCUGACGGUGCUCGGGUUAGCUACAACAAGGACGUGCUAAGUCUGAUCCAGGUACGUGGGCAAGGCGAGAGUGGUGGAGGCGCCGAGGUCGACAAGAAGAUAGAUACCCCACAGCCGUAUACGCACCUUGCGAACAUCGCGAAAUCUCUCGAGGGCACCUUGAUGAGCUGCCUGGAGAGCCACCUGCGCACCAACAACGUGACAGACGUGUCCAGCUUGAACAACGGUGGCAUUUCAAAGGCAGAUGCUGGCCGCCUUGCUUUGGACGCCACGGGCUCGCUGAAGAACGUGGAGGGCCUCAAGGAGCGAGUCGAGGACGAGUCGGUGGAUAAGGCCAUGCGCCGCUUGGACACCGAGAUCGGCCUGAAUAAAGCCUACGAGCGCUUCUGCAACACUUUCGGCAAGGACCCUGAAGCUGGGAUCGAGCCUGCUACGGUGAGCCAAGAGGUGCCUAUCAAAAUGCAGAUCCUCCCAGUGAUCAAGAGUAUGUUCAAGCUCGAUAAGGUCUUGGCGGAUGCCAGCGACAAGACCGAGGCCUUGUUUAAGCACUUCCCCGAGUUCAAAUCCCUGGCGGCUUCGUGCUCAAAUUAUUUCGAAACACCUGGAGGAGCACCUCGUGCACCGGAAUGGCCUUGGAAUGACGUGGCCGACCAUGUCUUGAACGUCAUCAAACUCUACUCGGAGGCCAAGCAGACCGUGAUGCUCGAGGCUCUGAAGGACAUUGUGGCUAAAGCCACAGAAUCAUCACACACAAUUCCAGAACACAUUGUCGACUACAAGGUGGCGAUCAAACACAUGGAUAAAGAGGAGAUCAAGAAGGUCGUUGACUUUCCGGGGAGGCCGCACUUGGUGGAGGCGGUCAAGGAGACGACGAUGAUGAUCAGCCAGUGGAAGGAAUACACGAGCAAGGUGAGCGGCAUCCUGAACGUCGAUGACCUUGAGAAGGAGCUUGGUUCUGUGACGAAGCUCCGCGACUCGGCCCGGAACAUGAUUGCCGUGAGGAGCGCUCUUGCAGUCUACCUUCAAGCAGACGGCAAGAUGGCUCCAAACCUGUACCGCGAGAUGAAAUUGGCCCGCGCCACCAUACCGCCCAAGCUGAGGAAAGAGUUGGACAAACUCGCGAAGGAGUCGGGAGUGCAGGAGGAGUCGCCAGAGGACGAGGACCAGCCCGAGGCAGCAGGUGUAGCGGCCGAGGAUGCGGCUGACGACGCAGCUUGA